CUUUACACUUAAGUACCCAUGAGGGUGUAAACAAACCUGCAUGAGUUUCAGAUAGACAUUUGUUUGUGUGGCGUUAAAUAUUAAUAGUAGGGAGUUAUUCGUGAUUUCCCGAUGGAGAUAUUUGGGAGCACGUUCGACGACUCUGUGUUUCUGCAGGCGAAAGACCGAGUCGCCGUGCCUCUGUCCCAUUACAACGCCAAACGCUGUGAACCAGAGUGGUUCUGUGAGAGUUCUGCUCUCUGUACAGAUGAUCCUUUGGAGAAGCAGAAGGUGUAUAAGUUCAGAGGAGACUUGGCUUUGAAACAAGGGAACUAUCAGCAAGCCUUGGAUGUAUACAGCAGCUGCCUGGAGCUGAACUCUGCCAACAACCUGACCAUCAGGAGAGAUGUGCUGGAGGGAAUGGCCCGAUGCUGCACCGAACUGGGACAGAGGGACCGGGCGCUGCACUUGACCGACCUGCUGAGCAAAGACGCGUCCAACACCUGUCACCUGAUCAGCAUCCUGCUGCUUAAGGUCAGGAUCCACCAGCAUUUUGGAGCCUUAGCAUCGAGGAUGUCCUGCCUGCAGCAGCUUUGCAGCCUGCUGCCCUUCAACCCCUGGCACUGGUUCAACCUGGGACAGAUGUGUCUGGAGCUACUGGACAGCAACAGAACCUCAGGAUCUUGUUCUUCACAGAGUUGUGAACCAGCAGAGAACACGCAGAAUGAUGGAGACAUUCAGGAGCAGGAGGAGGAGGAGGAGGAGGAGGCAGCAGAGCUCCAUGGAGACAGAGUCUGGCUGAAAGCUUGCACCUGUUUCAUCAGGACAAGACUCCUGCUGAGAUUCCUCCGGCAGCAGCAGUCCUCCUUUGUGUUGCAGCGCACUGAAAGCACCCUACAGACGACAGAUGAGGUGCUGCAGAGGCUCAAUCCCAAAGAAACAACCCUGCAGACUCUCACUGAGGUGGUGUCAGAGGACCUGAUCCCAGACAAAAUGAGAGAGGACAGUCAGGACGGGGAGAGUCUGUCCAGUGUGUGUUUGCAGAGCUUCAAGGAGCGCUGGUGGAACAGGAUCGUACUGACUGGUGUGCUCGAAACAGACGGCCGUCCUAAGACACAGACGUCCACAGAGAACUGAGGCCUGUUCGCUGACAGGAAGACCCUGUCCCUGUGCAGAUCCCACCAAAGAGCAGGAGAAAUUGAGUGGGAAAUCCACAUUAUUGAUAUCAUAACAAGACCCCAUACAUUCACACAGUACAUUUUAAUGCUGACAAUCUCAGAAAUAUCUCAACUGUUUUGACUCACACACUUCCACAGAAUUGUAUUCAUUUUAUUCAAGCACAGAUACAGUAGAGUAUUUAAUAAAGCAGAUACAAAUAUCCA